CGGAGGGCAUUUAGGUACGAGAAAUGUUUACAUGAUUUUUCCAGUGGGGAGAUAGAACAGAGGUGUGGGAAUCUUACUGGAAGAGUUGUAAAAGUUACAAUGAAAAGACCUCUUGUCUUUUAUUUCCUAUGGUAAAGAAGUCGUGUGUCAUGUCAACCAGCACUAGAGGGACGAUUUGAGAGUGGCUCCAGAGAGCCACCGGUCUUUUAUAUGGUGUGGUUUGCUAGAUUUAUCAGAUUACGUGGGUCGAUUACUGUUGGUUAAACGAGAACAUCCACAAAUCAAAGCAUUUUGUAAAUUAAGUAAAUUUACUGCUAACAAUUCUAUUCCUACAGAGGUCGUCUACAAUUCCAUCGACCGCAUGGGCUACAAGCGGUUUCCUCAUCCACCGUAUUUGCCGGUGCACAAAAAUCUCUUCGAGCUGCAGCCGGAGCUCAAACCGGACAUCAACAAGAUCGAAAAAAGUAUUCGCCUAAUUCGACGAAGGCGACGCCGACGGCGAAGAGGCCUUUCGCUACUGGACGGGGAAACCGACGGCAAGGAAGAACUUUCGCUAGGUGAGGAGGAUCUGCUGAGCGCGGGAAGCUCGCUCCUAGAUUCAGCCUCCGUGGAAGGUCGAGAUGCCGAUAUCGGUGGCCCCGGAGAUGUGGGAGAGAAUGAUAGCGACAACGAUUCCGACGAUUGGGAAACUAUCACCGAACGGCGGGAUGACAUCACGAUCCAGACGGGCGAGGAUUCUAACGAGUAUCCACACUUUCAUGUGACCUACUGGAUGUUCUAUCCCUAUAGUCAGGGGAAAGUCAUCUGUACCGUGAGUCUGGGACCGCUUGGCCACUGGCCGAUUCCACUGAUAUUCGGGAUGUGCUUCGGCACCAAGAAGGUGUUUGGAAGUCACGUUGGCGAUUGGGAACACAUGAGUCUGUUUUUCCGGGGUCGGAAGGAGCCAGACGAGAUGUACGUCUCUGCGCAUGACGCCGGUGCCUUUUAUUCGUACGAAAGGCUCACCGGAACGUUCGAGUAUCGAAGCCAGGAAACGCGCAAGGGCAUCCUGCAACGGCCAACUUUCCCGAAAACGGUCAUCACUUCCGGUAACCAUCCGGUGCUGUUCGCUGCCGAGGGUUCCCAUGGGUUAUGGACGGCCCCCGGGAAGCACAAAUACGUCCGGGUGCCCCGGCUAUACGACAUCAACGGAUUCGGCACCCCCUGGACCACGUGGAAGAGCGUCGAAAUCAUCCAUGAAGGUGAUUCAAAAGGUCGCACCUCAAUGAAUCCCAAGUGGCUUAAAUUCAAUGGCCGUUGGGGUAAUCCGAAGAGCCGCUGUCAUCCACUGAAACGGUUCGGGUUACACAUCUGCGAGCUAACUGAUGGUCCGACAGGAAUUCCUCGAAAGAAGCCCCACUUUAAGUGCAAAAAGCGCUAGCACUCGUAGGUGAAAUACUCAAAAACCCAUACAUCAAACACACGAGACAGCCCAACAACAACUACCAUACUGAAAAACUGAUAGAGAAACCAUCAACUAUUUAUUUAAUAUUUUAAUAAUUUAUUUAUUUUACCUAUUGGCCAUCCCGUGUUCUCAUCAUUGUGUCAUCUACUCAAUAAUCACCGGUUAGCUGAACUCGUUUUUAUACGCAAAUCAUCCAUAUGCUUACUCAUCAAUCUCGUUAUUUAUUUAUUGUUUUAACAACCAAGUCACAACGCUGCUAACAACCCUUAUCAUCACAUUAAACUCACCAUUUAUUCGCUAUCCAUUUUCAACAUACUCAACAUACAUUACAUUAACUAAACAUUAGAAUUUUAAUCAUCCGAGUCAUCACCAUUCGCAAACCUAUCAUCACCGUGAUAUUUCUUGAAUGAGAAAACAAAAGAUCCAAAAGUUAAGUCUUAAACAGAAAACAUAGAAAAAAAAGAGUAAAACUUUGAAAAAGUUAACCAAUGUAAGUAGAAGGAUGAGGAAAAGAAAUAAAACCUAAUCUAGAAUGUGAUUCGAUUUAAAGAAGAAAAAAGCAAAUAAAAAUGAAGGCAAACAAGAGAAAAGAAUGAUCCUAGACGAAAAAGUUAAAUAGUGGUAGAGAGUAGAAGUCUUUCGAAUUGUUUUGUAAAUAGAAUCGAGAUCGUGUUAAAAGAUAGAACCGUUUUUUUAUUGUUGCGAAUCCGUUAUGAAAUGUAAGAAGAGUUAAGUGAUAAAUAAAGAAUUCCGUACGUCAA